AUGCCAAUCGGCAUACAGCGUCUUAACGCGAAGACUUCACAGCCAAACCCGCAUAUUGUCUUUAUCAAACCGCUCAAAGGACGGGAUGAGAAAGUUGCGCAGGACUUUUUGGAAAGGAUUGCAGCGCAAUGUCUUCCCGUGAUGCGCAAGCACCAUAUUCACGUCAUGUCAUUGGAGGAGUUCCCCCCCAACCGAGAAUUCGUGGGCCGCAAUUUCAAUGCUGGAGAGGUGAUUCAGCUGGUGCUCAAAUCCCCCGGGAGCGGGCGGUGGCUCCCGUUCAAUUACGUCCAGAUGGUCAUGAUGCAUGAGCUGGCUCACUGCGCGCAGAUGAACCAUUCCAGGGCGUUUUGGGCUGUCCGGAACCAGUAUGCUGCGCAGAUGCAGGAGCUAUGGGCAGAAGGAUACAAAGGCGAUGGUCUUUGGGGCAGAGGAGCUACGCUGGGGACUGGAGAGUGGGAGAAGAACAGCGUUCUGGCAGAUGAGGUUCUUCCGGAGCAUCUCUGUGGCGGGACAUAUCGAUCGCGGGGGAGGAAACGCAAGGCUAAGCCCGUGUUGACGUAUCAGGAGAGAAAAGAGAAGAGGAUUCUCAAAAAGUUUGGCAAGAAUGGCGUUGCGCUUGGGGCAGAUGAGGAGGAAAAGGUGAAGCUUGAGAAGGGCAAGCGGGUGCUUGCGAAGCCGAGAGUAGCAGGCAGCUUGCGGGGUCGAGAGCUUCGUGCAGCGGCGGCGUUGGCGAGGUUUGAGCAGAGCAAGGAAGAUGCUAAGAAGGAAGAGGAGAAUGAGGAUACGAAGAAUUGGGAUGUUGAUGGUGGUUCGAGCGAUUACGAAGAGGGGAAUGGGGAUGCCAAAGCGGCUGUUGAUGUGGAUGGAUCGAGGAUGGUGGAUAGACAAGGUGGCGACAUGGUCAAGGUGUGUGAAGACGAAGAUCCAAAUGACGCCGAUGCGAGGAACGAACUCGAUCAACUACACGGACUGUUCGGAAGACAAAAGAUAAAACAGGAUCCGGAUGGCGAGACUUUGAAUCUCCGCUCAUCUGGAAAGGAUCAACAACAUGCGAAACAGGUGGUAAAACGGGAAGAGACGGGAUUGUCUAUCAAGCCAGAGGCUGCAGAUGAUGGUCAUUCGUCUAUACGACUAUCAUCUAUACCGCAUGUCAAACCUAAAAACGAUGGCCCUACGAAAUCAGGCUCCGAUAAAGAUUCACCUUCAACAGACGAAAGACGUCAACAAUCAAUCUCUACUGCUACGAAGCCAACUUCCUCAAAAGCCCCUUCAGAUACCACCACUACAGCGGAAGCAAGCAGUUACGUGCGCAAUGUGCGCAAACGUCCUGCACCCAUUGCUCACGCCGGGCUGGCGGUGCGAGAGCGCGGCGUGUACUGGUACGGCCCACGCCAUUGGUCGGAAAAUACCCCCAAUAUGCCAAUCAUGAGCGCUGACAGACAAGAACCCGUUGCCAGUAUGUCCGACGCGGAACAUGGCAUGGCGCCGCUGCAGCUUUCAGAUCCCCGACAGUAUACCGUUGGCAUAAUUACCGCUCUCGACAAGGAGUUGGCAGCAGCAAUGGCUGUGCUCGAUGAAAAGCACCGGAAGCCGCAGAAAUUCAAAAAGCACCCAAAAGACACAAACACCUAUACUUGGGGCAAGAUUGGAGAGCACAAUAUUGUCAUUGCGUCUUUGGCCGCUGGAAGCUACGGCACCGUAUCCGCAGCUACGACCGCCUCGAGCAUGAUCAGCUCUCUUCCACAUAUCAGGUUUGGUCUCAUGGUCGGCAUAGGAGCUGGGGUCCCUAGGUUGGAGGACAAAAUUGACAUUCGCCUUGGUGAUGUCGUCGUUAGCCAACCUACUGGCACAAGUCCAGGAGUGGUUCAGUACGACCUCGGUAAACUAAAAAAGGACGGCAAGUUUGAGCGCGUUGGUCACCUCAGCGCGCCUCCGGAAGUCCUUCUGAAAGGCCUUCAAGCGCUCAAGGCAGAGCACUUGAUAGAAGACUCCCAAAUACCCACGAUCCUAGAGGACAUGGUGCAGCGCUACCCCAAGAUGAGAGAGCCUGGGGAGGAUGGAACUUCAGGCUUCGUUCACCAGGGUAGAGCAAAUGAUCGGUUAUUCAUGGCAUCCUCUUUUCAUAUAGACAUUCCAACCACUGAUAGUACGGCAUCCGACCGCGACAGUGCGUGUGCACAUUGCGAUUCUACUCAAGAAAUAAAACGAAAGGACCGAUCUUCCAAACCGGCGAUUCACUACGGUGUCAUUGCCUCAGGGAACUUGGUCAUAAAAGACGGCGUUUCUCGAGACGAAAUCCUGCAGCGGCUUGAAGAGAAAUGCAUUUGCUUUGAGAUGGAAGCAGCUGGCCUAAUGAACAACUUCCCUUGCCUAGUCAUCAGGGGAGUCUGUGACUAUGCGGAUACACACAAGAACGACCGUUGGCAGAACUACGCAGCUGCGACUGCGGCUGCAUUUGCAAAGGAACUGUUGAACACCAUAGACGGGGAGGAUGUUGAGAGCACCCCCCCAAUAGAAGAAGCCAUUCAACACCUUAGUCAGGAAGUUGCUCAAAUGGCAGAGAGCAGCAGACAAACCCACGCUGUUGUCCAAACCUUGGAGACAAGUCACCAUCUUCAAAAGCUUCGUCGAUGGCUCUCGCCUCCCAAUCCAUCAGAAAAUUACAACAAUGGCAUCAAGCAUCGCUAUGGAGAUUCCGGUCAAUGGUUCCUUCAGAGUGAAGAAUAUUCUCUGUGGAAAUCCCGGCCCAACUCCUUUUUGUGGCUCCAAGGUAUUCCCGGGUGCGGCAAGACCGUGCUUUCUGCUACCAUCGUCAAAGAUCUGGAAGACAAUAAUGUUAAGAACGUACUAUACUUCUUUUUCGAUUUUACCAAUAGAGAUAAGCGGCUAUUCGACAAGGCGCUCGGCUCACUCGUCUUGCAGCUCUAUUGCAAAAACGAGAAUACUCAAAAGCCUUUGGACUCGCUCUAUGAUUCUUGCGGAAAGGGAAUAACUCAGCCAAGUGCCGAUCAGCUCUUUGCAACGUUCCGAAACAUGUUGCAACACGGUGGUGAAAUCCACGUAAUACUCGACGCGCUCGAUGAGUGCCAGACGCGCAAAGAACAUCCAACAGGAGGCCUCUUGACAUCGAUAGAAACUUUGGCAACAUCCCAACAGACCAACAUUCAUCUCUUAGUCACAGCUCGUCCCGAACAAGACAUCGCAUCUUCUAUCGAAUCAUGGGCUCGUGGCCAGGACAUUAUUCCAGUUCAGAGCGGACGAGUUGCGGAUGAUAUAGUUGCCUACGUCAACGCAAGAGUUCAAAGUGAUAAAAGCCCUCUGAAAAGAUGGAGGUGCCGGCCUGAGGUUCAACACGAAAUUGAAACAAGGCUAUCAAAGAAGGCAAAUGGAAUGUUUCGCUGGGUUACGUGCCAGCUCGAUGCACUCGAAAACUGUCUUGACUAUCCAACGUUACAAAAAGCACUCAACUCCCUCCCUAUGACGUUGGAUGAAACAUAUGCUCGGAUCUUGACCAACUUGCCUCGUGAGCAUGAGCAUCAUACACGACGCCUUCUGCAAUUUCUAGCAUAUUCCGAACGCCCACUGACAAUCAAAGAAGCCGUUGACGCAAUGGCUGUAGACACAACCAACAGCCCCCGGUUUGAUCCAUCAAAUAGAAUGCCAGUCCCUAAGGAGAUUAUAAGCUACUGCUCUAGCUUGGUUGUAUUGACCGUCAAAACGACCAUCAAAGCUCAGGGAAACGAGGAGGCCAUACAGGAACUUCAGCUUGCGCACCUGUCAGUCAAAGACUAUCUAUUGUCUCACAGAGUGCCACAAAGCUUUGCCAAAGACUUUGACGAAGCAGCCGCCAGAGCUUCCAUUGCACAAGUAUGCCUUGCAUACUUGCUGGAGCUAGACAAAAGCUUUCCAGUCGAAGAGCUUCGACGGUCAUACUGGUUGGCGCAAUACUCUGCACGAUACUGGAUGGAUCAUGCUGUCGUAGUAGAAAGCAGCAGCAAAGAAGUUUGUGCACUCAUUGCAGAAUUUCUUUCUUGCGAAGGGGCUCAGAUGACUUGCUAUGGACUCUACAACCCUGACCCAUGGAAGAAUCACGAGUUUCAACCAAGGCGAUACGACAUCUCGUUAGCUCUGUAUUUCGCGUCACUUGGAGGCUCGUGUUUUUCAGUGCGGCUGCUGCUCGAAAAGGAUGCAAACGUUCAUUAUCAAUUCGGCCAAUGCCGCACUGCUCUAAAUGCUGCAAUAUGCAACGGACACGAUAAGAUAGUUCGGAUGCUGCUUGAAAAAAAUGCCGGCAUCAGCAUUCGGAGGGGUGAUUACGCCAAUGCUCUGCAGGCCGCUGCAGGUGACGGAUACGACAAGAUAGUCCGGAUACUACUUGAUCACGGUGCCAACGUUAAUGCUCGAGGCGGACUAUAUGGUACUGCUCUCGUGGCUGCUUCAUACCGUGGACACGACAAGAUAGUCCAAAUACUGCUGGACAAUCACGCCAAUGUCGAUGCUCAAUGCAAACAUCGCCGCUUUGCUCUAUACGGCGCUUCAUAUAGAGGGCACGCCAAGAUAGUCCAGAUGCUGCUUGACAACAACGCCAACGUCAACGCCAAAGACAGUUAUUACGGCAAUGCUCUCCAUGGCGCUGCAGAAGGGGGACACGAUAAAAUCGCCCAAAUGCUGCUGGACAAUAACAUCAACGUUAAUGCCAGAGGUAAAUGGCGCAGUAAUGUCCUCUACGUCGCUUCAGAAAGGGGGCACGUUCGAGUAGUCCAGCUACUGCUUGACAACAACUUCAACGUUAAUACUCAAGGCGGAUUCUACGGUAAUCCUCUCCAGGUGGCUUCAUACAAAGGACGCGAUCAAAUAGUCCAAAUGCUACUUGAUAAAGGUGCCGACGUUAAUGCCCAGGGCGGAUUUUACGACAAUGCUCUAUAUGCUGCCUCGGACAAUAAACGCGAUGAAGUAGUCCAAAUGCUGCUUGACAAGGGUGCCAACGUCAAUGCUCGAGGUGGAAAAUAUGGUACUGCCCUUAAUGCUGCUCAAUCUCGGGGGUACCACAAUAUAGCCCAGAUGCUACGCGACAAGGGUGCCAGAACUGAAUCCGAAGAAACAGACUGA